CUCUUCUCUCUUGCUCUCUGCACUUUUCCUCUCUGUUUUCGACAGGUGUGCGCACGUUUACCACCUCAGCGUGCGCGCGUUAACUCGCUAGAUACAAACUCACUCUCUCUACUCUGAUCUGCUGUCGUGUUCGUCCGGUGGUCUUCCGGUAUGGAUCCCAAGCCCCUGCUCCUGCUGCUGGGGAUCAUCUGCAUUGCCUUCGCCGGCGCCGGGGCUCAGUCCCCACCCACUUCCUCCCCUCCCGCCACUCCUGCUCCUCCCACCCCGACCUCCUCCGCUCCUCCUCCCACCACCCAACCUCCCCCAGUAACCACCCCUCCCGCAUCGUCCCCGCCGCCCGCUUCCACCGCUCCCCCUCCCGCCACGACCUCCCCUCCUCCCGCCUCAACUCCUCCCCCAGCCACCCCUCCGCCCGUCUCCUCCCCUCCUCCGGCGACCCCUCCCCCUGCCACUCCGCCCCCUGCCACCCCGCCCCCGGCCAACUCACCUCCCCCGGCAUCCCCUCCCCCAGCUACACCACCGCCGGCGUCGCCUCCCCCUGCCACCCCACCUCCGGCCUCUCCUCCACCACCGGCAACUCCUCCUCCGGCUGUCCCACCGCCUGCUCCUCUCGCAUCCCCUCCGGCGGCCGUCCCCGCUCCCGCGCCAGCGAAAAAGCCGACGACCCCUGCUCCGUCACCGGCAUUGCUGAGCCCGCCAGCGCCUCCGACCGAGGCUCCGGCACCCAGCUUGACCACCGGCGCCCCGGGUCCAGCACAGUCAGAUCAGAGUGGAGCAGAGAGGAUCGGGUCGGUGCAGAAGAUGAUCGGAAGCUUGGCAUUGGGAGGGGCUCUCCUCUAUCUCCUGCAUUAGAGAUCCAGUCAUCUCUUUUCAUCUUCACCGUGACUGCUGAUUUCUCCUGUGUCUUCCAGCUUAUAUUAUUCUACGGAUCGUCCUAUUUUCCGAUGGGAUGCUAUUACUGUUACCGUUAUCGCGUUGUUCGUACCUAUACACAUUUUGUUGGAUUCUUUGAGAGGGAGCUUUGAGGGCAGCUUUUUUUGUUGAGAGAGGUAUCGUCUGUUAUGCUUUGGGGGGAUUAUAUUGUUGUUGGUAGCCCACUACUCUCCGUUCUCUCAUCAUUAUUAUUUCUAUGCUCUUUCUCUUAGCCUUGCUAGUUUUCAAUUGAUUGCUGUUGUCUAA